UAGGUACUAUAGCCCAUUCCGAAGUCUAUCGCUAUCCACUUCGUCCCCGCGUCGCGUGGCCCGAAGCGAGGGAGCGGAGGCUGCUCGCCGCGCCGCGCCGCGCCGCCGCGCUUGGUCAUCUCCGCCGCCGCCGGCCGUCGCCAUGGGCAUCAAGGGUUUGACGAAGCUGCUGGCGGAGCACGCGCCGGGGGCGGCGGUGAGGAGGCGGGUGGAGGAUUACCGCGGCCGCGUCGUCGCCAUAGACACCAGCCUCAGCAUCUACCAGUUCCUCAUUGUGGUAGGAAGGAAAGGAACAGAAGUUCUGACCAAUGAGGCUGGUGAAGUCACAAGUCAUCUGCAGGGCAUGUUGAACCGAACUGUUAGGAUUCUAGAAGCAGGAAUAAAACCUGUUUUUGUGUUUGAUGGUGAGCCACCUGACAUGAAGAAAAAGGAACUGGCAAAAAGGUCUUUGAAGAGAGAUGGUUCUUCCGAAGAUCUAAAUAGAGCUAUUGAGGUUGGAGAUGAGGAUUUAAUUGAAAAAUUUAGCAAAAGGACUGUAAAGGUCACAAAAAAGCACAAUGAAGACUGUAAGAGGCUGUUAAGCUUGAUGGGUGUCCCUGUAGUUCAGGCACCAGGGGAGGCAGAAGCACAGUGCGCAGCACUCUGUGAAAAUCACAAGGUCUUUGCUAUAGCUUCGGAGGAUAUGGACUCUCUAACUUUUGGUGCUAGAAGGUUUCUUCGCCAUUUAACCGACCUGAGUUUUAAGAGAUCUCCUGUAACAGAAUUCGAAGUGUCAAAGGUUUUGGAGGAACUUGGACUCACAAUGGAUCAGUUCAUUGAUUUGUGUAUCCUUAGUGGCUGUGACUACUGCGAGAAUAUUAGAGGUAUUGGGGGACAGAGAGCUUUGAAACUUAUUCGUCAGCAUGGUUAUAUAGAAGAAGUAGUGCAAAAUCUUAGCCAGACAAGGUAUAGUGUCCCAGAAGACUGGCCUUACCAGGAAGUUCGGGCAUUGUUUAAGGAACCUAACGUUUGUACAGAUAUUCCAGACUUCCUGUGGACCCCACCAGAUGAGGAGGGCCUUAUAAACUUUUUGGCAGCCGAAAAUAAUUUCAGUCCUGAUCGAGUAGUAAAGUCUGUAGAAAAGAUAAAGGCUGCUAAUGAUAAAUUUUCCCUUGGGCGAGGGAAGCUUUUGGCACCAGUAGCGAACUUAACAGGAUCUACAUCAACUGCAGGGAAGGAACCCAAAUGUAUCCUGGGUGGUCCAGGGCAAGUCAUGAAGGCUAGGUCACCUCUACAAGUGUGCAAGAGCUCAAGCUUGAACUUCAUACAUGACAAUUCAAAAGCGUUCAUGCUGGGCAGGCGAUCAGGAUUUCUCAGAAUAUCUACAUAUGCUUCCAUCUGAAUCUGGAGCUGCUCUAUUUCCAUGAGUUGGUUGGCUGAAGCUUUGACUGACACCAUCUACAGCUUCAUGAAGAAUUAGUGAUUUCUUGAAAUGCGUUGAGCCUAUGCUAUUAUUGUAGUUCAGCCUUUUGCCUUGUAAAAUCAAGUUGAAUGCUUGAGCUUUCUCACAUUUAGCACUGGUUCUCGCUUGAGUGUUGAACGGUGACCAUGAAGAAUUUGAUCACCUUUUGGCUAUAAUCUGAAAUUUUGUCAAGGUGCCAGAACGAGCAGGAAACUGGUUGAGGCUGCUUAACUUUCCUGGUGUCUUCUCUAGGAUGUGCAUGUACCCCUCUCCAUCACAUACUUGAAUUGUGAUAGCCUUAGCAUGAUCUGUAUUAAUCUUUAA